UUAAUCAAGUUAUAAUUCUCCUACAUUUGCAAAUAUAUUCAAACUUGUCUUGUUUCUCCUCCCUAACUUAUGUACUUCAUGCACUCUCUAACAACAUCUUAAAUUGAGUCCUUUGCAAUUGAUCUCAACUUCUUUUCCAUAUCUAAUACCUGUGUCUUCAAUCAGCAUGAAGAAGAAGAAGAACACCCAAUUUCUCUUCCUUUCACUUCUUCUCUUAUGUUUCACAUCGCUUUCUUUUGGAGCCAACACCAACACAACUCAGCCAGAGGAAGUGGAAGCUCUGAAAGAUAUAGGCAACACCCUUGGUAAGAAGGAUUGGAACACAGAUAUAGAUCCAUGCAGUGGAAAAUCUCCAUGGACUGUUGCUAAUACAACGAAAGGCGUAGGAGACAAUGUCACUGUAACCUGCAAUUGCACUAUUCCCGGUGACAACUUCUGCCAUGUUGUUUCCAUAUUGCUGAAGUCACAAAAUCUUCCAGGCAUGCUCCCACCCGAACUGAUAAGGUUGCCAUACCUCGAAGAAAUUGACCUCACUCGCAACUACCUUAAUGGGACAAUACCUAGUGAAUGGGGCUCCUCCAAACUACGCAUUAUUUCUCUUCUUGGAAAUCGUCUCACUGGUCAAAUCCCAAAAGAGAUAGGAAACAUCACAACCCUUGAAAGUUUCGUCCUGGAAUUCAAUCAAUUCUAUGGAAAUCUCCCAGAAGAGCUUGGGAACCUUUCUCGCAUUCAAAGACUGCAUCUUAGCUCUAACAACUUUACCGGAGAGUUGCCUGAAACUUUGGCGAAACUUACAACAUUGAAAGAACUCCGGCUUAAUGACAAUAAUUUCUCUGGAAAGAUACCCGAUUUUAUUCAAGAAUUCACAAAUCUUGAAAAACUUUCAAUUCAAGGGAGUGGUUUAAGUGGGCCAAUUCCUUCUGGAAUUUCAUUUCUGAAAAACUUAGAUGAUUUGAGAAUUAGUGACUUGCUUGGACCUGAUUCUACUUUUCCACCAGUUAAUAGUAUGACAAAAUUGACAGUAUUGAUACUAAGAAGUUGCAAUAUUAAUGGCACAUUACCUCAAUAUCUUGGCAACAAAACAAACUUUAACGAGAUGAGCACCUUAGACCUGAGCUUUAACAAAUUAAGCGGAAACAUUACAGAAAGCUUUAAAGAUCUGAUGGCAGGAUUGACUUACUUAUAUUUAACUGGAAACUUAUUCACUGGAUCAGUCCCGACGUGGGCGUUAGAAGAUCAUAAGCACGCCAUAGAUCUUUCAUAUAACAACUUCAGCAGUGGAAACCAACAGCAGACAUGCCAACAAAUCAGUACAAAAACAGAGCUGAACUUGUUUGCAAGCUUUCCAAUGAGCGAAAAGGGCCCUGUUUAUUGUCCAGUGGGGAGCAAUGAAUGUUCUAAUAAAUUCUCUAAGUCUCUCUAUAUAAAUUGUGGUGGUGGAAAGGUGACAACCAGUGAAGGUAUAACAUAUGUUGGUGAUUCAGAUUCAGCAGGACCAUCAACAUUAAUACCUGAAGAGGCAGAAAAAUGGGCAUUUAGCAACACUGGUCACUUCUUGAAUAGUGGCUCACAAGAAACAACCUAUAUUCAUGAAAAUAUAACAAGGCUUUAUAUGUCUGAUUCCACCCUGUAUCAGAACGCACGUGUGUCCCCCAUUUCUUUGACUUAUUAUGGCUUUUGUCUGGAAAAUGGAGACUAUACAGUAAAGCUUCAUUUUGCUGAGAUAAUGUUCACGGAUAAUGACACAUUUAGCAGCCUAGGGAGGCGUAUAUUUGAUAUUUACAUCCAGAGAAAACUGGUUUUGAAGGAUUUCAAUAUUGCAAAUGAUGCAAAAGGAGUUGGAAAGGAAUCUAUAAAAGAAUUUCAUGCUCUUGUGAGUAAUAACUCUUUAGAGAUUCGACUUUAUUGGGCUGGAAAAGGGACAACGGAAAUCCCACAAAAAUCCGUAUAUGGCCCUCUUAUUUCAGCUAUAUCUAUCACUCAUGACUCUUCAAGUAGCAUAUCUGCAGGGGUUAUAGUUGGAAUAGUAGCUGCUGCAAUUGUUCUUAUCAUCCUAAUUGUACUUGGGUGGAGAGUUUAUAUUGGGAAAAAAAAUUCAUUAGCAAAAGAGUUGAAGGAUUUAAAUCUACAAACGGGUGUAUUUACUCUACGCCAAAUUAAAGUUGCAACAAAUAACUUUGAUAUUUCUAAUAAAAUUGGAGAAGGAGGCUUUGGUCCAGUCUAUAAGGGCAUUUUAUCAGACGGUACAAUAAUAGCUGUCAAGAUGCUUUCAUCUAAGUCAAAGCAAGGAAAUCGCGAGUUUAUAAAUGAGAUAGGAAUGAUUUCAGCUUUGCAACAUCCUUGCCUUGUCAAACUUUAUGGUUGUUGUGUUGAUGGAGAUCAGUUGUUGUUGGUAUACGAAUAUAUGGAAAACAAUAGCCUUGCACGUGCUUUAUUUGGUAAUGAAGAAUCUUGUUUAAAAUUAGAUUGGCUAACAAGGCAUAAGAUUUGUGUUGGUAUUGCUAGAGGUUUGGCUUUCCUACAUGAAGAAUCAAGAUUAAAAAUUGUUCAUAGAGACAUUAAAGCUACUAAUGUGUUGCUAGACAAAGACUUGAACCCAAAGAUAUCUGAUUUUGGUCUAGCUAAGCUCGACGAGGAGGACAACACUCACAUAAGCACUAGAAUAGCUGGAACUUAUGGAUAUAUGGCUCCAGAAUAUGCAAUGCAUGGUUAUUUGACCGACAAAGCAGAUGUUUAUAGUUUUGGAGUUGUAGCUUUGGAAAUUGUAACAGGAAAGAACAACACCAUCCAUCGACCCAAACAAGAAGCAUUACAUCUUCUAAAUUGGGCACAUUUAUUGAAAGAGAAAGGUAACAUAAUGGAGCUAAUUGAUCGAAGGUUAGGUUCAGAUUUCAAUGAAGUUGAGGCAAUGGUGAUGAUCAAAGUGGCUCUCCUAUGCACCAAUCCCACUUCAAACCUUAGGCCCACCAUGUCAUCAGUGCUCAGCAUGCUCGAAGGAAAAAUUGUAAUUCCAGAAUAUGUUUCAGAUCCAACUGAGAUGAUGGAUGAAAUGAAGUUAGAGACAAUGCGACAAUAUUACUUUCAAGUAGAAGAAAAUGAGAGAAGUAAGACACAAACACAAAGUCAUAGUUCAUCAAAUGAUGGGCCAUGGACUGCUUCAUCUUCAUCGGCUGUAGACCUAUAUCCUGUCCAUAUUGAUUCUUCCUAUUGGGAGAAAAGAAAUUAGAAAUAGGUAUAAAUUGUUCAUUCUAGUAUCCCUUAUUCUUUAAAGCUCGUUUUUCCCAAUUAAACCAUAAUUUCAUUUUAAUCAUAUUUGUAACUCAUGUUUGUUCGUAGUUAUCAACAGUUGGUUGAUUCGAAUGGUACAUGCUUGAUUUUUCUAAACAAUUAAGGUCUUGAGUAUGAACCUUGGUCUAGUGCACAAAAUAUUUUCAU